AUUGGGAAUUAUUUGAAGGGAUUCAAACAAUUUAGUUUGUAAUGGAGCAGAAUAUCAGAAAAUUACUGAUGGAGGCACUUUCGCCAUUUAAUCACAAUCAGGAGGAUUGUGAUGGUGGUUUAGAAGAGUCUCAUGAAUCUGAAAAUUCCACUACAGAUGCUAGUGAUGAAUUUGAAGAUCCAAUCAAAAAAGAAAAGGCUUUAGUCAAUACAAGUACGAGCCUGCCAAGGAAGCAAGAACAGAUAAAGCCAAAACAAGAGAAGCUGAUGAAGCCAUUCAAAUCGUUCCCUAUUAAAGAUCAGAAGGUGGACAAAGAUGCCCAAGAAAAUCGAUUGAAUGAUGGUCUAAAAUUACUUAGCAAUUACCGGAAAUGGAAGCCUGAAGUCUGGAUGAGUGAGAAUGAAGCCCAUACAGAUAAUAAAGAAGCUGCCUCUCCUGCUAAGAUCACAUGACAUGUCUGUCUGCAAAGCCACUCUACUUGUUUUGACAACAUUUUAGUAUGAAAUUUGUGCAAUGUAGCUUUUCAUCAGAAAUGCUAUGGCAAGGAAGUAUUAUCAGAAAUUCCUAAAAGUGGCACAUGGGCUUGUCAAAGAUGCAAGUACCUCUUUCUUCUGAGAGAUAAUUUCAACAUCGAUGAAGUCAAAUGUGCUCUAUGUCCAGAGCUCAAAGGAGCAGUCAUAAAGCCUACAAAUUUUCCUUGGGUACAUAUUAGAUGAAUUCAAUGGAGCGAUGACAUUUAUUUUAAGAAUUUCAGUACUAAAUUGACCAUCUGUGGGAAAAUUCCGUCCUCUUUAAGAGAAGGUACCUGCAAAAUUUGUAAGUAUCCAGGAUUAGAAAGAUAUGGAGCUAAAAUAAAAUGUGACUUCAAAUCUUGUAAGACCAUAUUCCAUGUUGAAUGUGCCAUCAAAGCUGGAAUCCGCCUCAAUUUUAAUAAGAAAGGGAAAUUAUUGAUUAAUCAUGAUGGAUCUGACUCCAAUAUCUAUUGACUUAUUCACACUAAACAGUUAACUCAAUCUGUUCAAUCAGAGAAGGAAAAUUUGACACAAGAAUUUAGCAGCAACAUUAGGCUAAAAGACGGAGGCUGCUUAAAAAUACCUAAAAACAAGAAACCUCUCAAUUCAUGAAACACUGAAAGUGAAGAUUCCUCUCUUGAAGAGAUUAGCCUGAAUAUCAAGAAAUUGUCUGAUCAGAAGCAGAAAUAGCAAUAAAAGUUCCAAUAAUACCAACAAAGUUAAGAAAAGAAUGUUCAAAACUUGUGAAAAGGAUAUUGAUGCUCUUAUGAAUAACAAAGAGCUAGGAUCAUUAGCUAAUUCAAUCCAAAAUACUCCAAAGGACUUUAUUUCAGCUGUGAAGAUUGAAAAUCCUGUACCUUAUACGCCAAAUUCGGAUAUUUACGAACCCUCACUGCCAAAUCAAGAGCCUGUGCAUAAGAAGAAGUAUUUGAGCUUCUUGGAACGGAUCAACAAUGGAAUCCCAGGCAAGGGGUCUGUCCAAAAAUCUUCUUGCUUUAAAAGCUCUAAGAAAAAAGUAGCUCAUAGUUUAGCACCAGAAGAUAUUUAUUAUAUCCCUCAAUGACUGAAAGUGAUCCUUAAGACUGAAAAAGCAGGAAAAAGUUGGAUCUGUAAUGUGCUUGGUGAGUAUAUCAAGAAUCAUCCAGCCGUGCAGCUGUAUCAUGAUGAUUGGGCUCGAAUCAAUAGGUGUCCUGAACUCCAAGAGGCAUUUGGAAUGGACCAAAUUCUUCUAACACAUAUAGAAUAUUAUGUAAGCAGUUGUUUCAAGAAAUGUUCUCAAUUCGAAACUGUGAAAGAAGAGAAUUUAAAGAGUUAUGGUGAUGAAAUAAAGAUUAUUAAUGUAAUUAAUAAACCUCCAAGCAGAAAGAGAAGACUCAGAAAAUUCAAAUUAGGUAGUCCAGCUAAGAAUACCCAGAGAACGAGCAGUUUCAUCAGAGACAAUUCUCGGCCGAAAAUAGUCUAUAAGAGAAAGAAAAGUGUGUUUAAAAAGCGGGUUAUAAAGGAUGCCGAUCCAACCAAUUCAGAAGAUGAUUAUGCUUUUGACUGAUAAUUUCAAUAAACUCCAAUCUUUAAG